UACUAAUGAUGAAUCUUUCUAUGAACGGCCAUCCAUUGACUAAACAUGAAUCUUGAUCCAUAUCAACCAAUUUAACUGAAUAAACGGCCGCUGCCAGCAAAAUUCUGACAUCCCAAAUCCGCAUUGGGAACUACCCAAUCCAUUUGCUUCCUCGAUGCCUCCUCCCUUCUUCGCCUUUGCCGCUUCUCUUCCCUCCCCUUCUCUCCUCCCGCCCGAUCACCGCCGGUCCCUCCGGACCAUCAAAACCCUCGUGGAGUCCACCGCCGGGAGCCGCCCGGCCUCCGCCCUCCCACCUCCGAUCGAAUCCCUCCGCCGCGGCAAUUGGGUCAAGCUCAUCUGCGGCGCCAGCUUCGAGGAUGCAGUCGAUGUAAGGAAUUUAUCCCUCGUCUUCACUCUUGCUGGAGUGGAUUGUAUCGAUUGUGCUGCCGAUGCAUCGGUGGUGAAUGCAGUGAACGAGGGGAUUGAUGCUGCAAUGUCGAUUGCUGCAGUACAGAGGCCGUGGGUGAUGAUUAGUGUCAAUGAUGACAAAGAAGACCUUCAUUUCCGCAAAGCUGAGUUUGACCCUGGGGAUUGCCCACCUGAUUGUGAAAGACCAUGUGAAGUGGUUUGCCCUGCUAAUGCAAUAUCAUUGAAGAGGGUGACAGUUGGAAAUGAACUUGCAGGCAAUGCUUAUGCAUCGGGUAAAUUUCAGGGUGGAGUGAUAACAGAACGCUGCUAUGGGUGUGGGCGAUGCUUUUCAGUUUGCCCCUAUGACAAAAUAAGAGCUAUGACAUAUGUUAGGGAUCCUACUACUACUACUGAGCUUCUGAAGAGAAAUGAUGUGGAUGCUAUAGAGAUACACACUAGCGGAAGGUGCACUGAUUUGUUCAAUGAGCUUUGGAAUAGAUUGGUUGAUUCAAUUGACCAUGUGAAGUUAGUAGCAGUUAGCUUGCCUGAUGCAGGUGAAUCAACUGUUGCUGUGAUGAAAAUGAUAUACUCAAUAAUGGAGUCUCAUCUUCAGUGCUACAAUUUAUGGCAGUUGGAUGGGCGGCCCAUGAGUGGAGACAUUGGUGGAGGUGCAACAAGAGAAGCAAUUGCCUUUGCAGUUCAUUUGGCUUCCACAUUGGACAAGCCUCAUGGUUUUUAUCAACUUGCUGGUGGCACUAAUUCUCAUACAAUAAAUCAUUUAAAAAAAAUGGGUCUUUUCCAGACAACUGCCAUCUCUGGGCACUCUUCAGAUAUAAGUGGUGCAGCUCAAUCAACAGGUUCCGAACAAGCUUUGAUUGGUGGAAUAGCUUAUGGCGGCUAUGCGCGGAAGAUUGUUGGAAGAGUCUUGCACAAAAUGCCAACCCAACAUGGCCAUGCGAAAAUUGAAGAUUAUCCAGAGCAUUUCUUGGAGGCACUUCAAGAAGCCUUAACAUUGGUUGGGCCUGUGAAGUGCUACAGCAUGCCUUUUGUUUUGCCUGAACAGAUGAUUUCUAUGUGAGGUAAAAAUCCGUGCCUGCGCAUUUGAAGGGAAGUCUUAUUAAAACAUGAUGCUCCCUGGCUAUCAUUUGUGCUUCUGUGGGUAUUUGUAGCUGUAAAUCUACUUUUUAAUUUAACAUCAUUUCACAAAUCUAAUACGUGCUCACUAGCUUACCAUACUAAUGCGGAGAACCCGUAUGGAACUUCUUAUUGCUUGGCACUAGCUUUGUAAACAAAAAACAGAAAAUGCAAAAUCUUUUUGCUACUGUAGUUCUUGAAUAGUUUAGAAUUUUAAUAUAAAAUAAUAAUCCACACCUC